ACCGCGGGGCUGAGGCGGGUGGGAGCCGACGCCGAGCGCGGGCUUAGGGAGGAGGGCGGCGACUGGAGAUCGGCGAGCGGCGCGGGACGCGGAGCCUCUUUCACUUUUUCCCUCCCGAGUGCCCCCUCCCACCCCUCCCACUCCUCACACACCCUGUUUGCCCGUGAGCCUGGGGAACUUGCAGCUUAAAGCCAGCCACCCCCACGGCAACAUGUACCCCAGCAACAAGAAGAAAAAGGUGUGGAGAGAGGAGAAAGAACGUUUACUGAAGAUGACCUUAGAGGAGAGACGCAAAGAAUACAUAAGGGACUAUGUUCCCCUGACUACCAUCCUGUCGUGGAAGGAGGAGAUGAAGGGCAGGAGCCAAAAUGAUGAAGAAGAUACUCAGGAAACAUCACAGGUCAAGAAAAGUUUGAGUGAAAAAGUUUCUCUCUAUAGAGGUGACAUCACAUUGCUAGAGGUAGAUGCUAUAGUCAAUGCGGCAAAUGCCAGUCUUCUUGGAGGAGGAGGUGUGGAUGGCUGUAUUCACAGAGCAGCUGGUCCCUGUUUGCUAGCUGAAUGUCGUAACCUGAAUGGCUGUGAUACUGGACAUGCAAAAAUCACAUGUGGCUAUGACCUGCCUGCAAAAUACGUCAUCCAUACUGUAGGGCCAAUAGCCAGAGGCCAUAUUAAUGGUUCCCACAAGGAAGACCUUGCAAAUUGCUAUAAAUCAUCUCUGGAGCUGGUGAAAGAAAAUAACAUCCGAUCAGUUGCAUUUCCCUGCAUCUCAACAGGCAUUUAUGGGUUCCCAAAUGAGCCUGCUGCAGUCAUUGCCCUCAGCACCAUUAAGGAAUGGCUGGCCAAGAAUCACCACGAGGUGGAUCGGAUCAUCUUCUGUGUCUUCUUGGAAGUCGACUUCAAAAUCUACAAAAAGAAAAUGAGUGAAUUUUUCCCUGUAGAUGAUGAUAACGAAGAAGACGAUGUUGACAUGAAGGAAGAUUCAGAGGGGUUAGAGCCAAAAGGCUUCUCUCCACCCCACAAGAAGAGCAAAGCAAAGAAGCCAGAAUGCUCAAAAGACUCUAGCGAGGAUGAGAACGGUCCAGAGGAAAAACACAGUGUGGAAGAAAUGGAAGGGCAGAGCCGAGAAGCAGGUGGGCUCAGAUUUCUUUUGAGGAGUCUCCUAAGCCUCGUCUACAGAGAUGGUGUCAACGCUGCUACUGUGCCCCGCUCUGCUUCAGAAGAGGCAGUUGAAGUCUGUACAGAUGAAGAUUCUGCAAAGGAUGACAAUAUUACAAAAGACAAUGAAGUAACAGAUCAUUCUAUGUGUGACCAAGAUCAACCCAAUGGACAAGAGAAUGAUUCAACGAAGAAUGAAAUAAAAAUUGAGGCAGAGUCCCAGAGCUCAUGUAUGGAAACAGAAGAGCUUUCAUCAAACCAAGAAGAUGCCACAGUUGGGGAGCAACCAGAAGUGAUUCCACUAACAGAUGACCAAGAAGAAAAAGAAGGUGAAAAAGCUCAAGGCGAGGACACACCUAGAGUUCCUGUGAAAUGUGAAGGCUCCUGUGAUGCAGAAAACUCUACAAAUCCUGACGUUGAAAUGAAUAGUCAAGUUGACAGUGUAAAUGACCCAACAGAGAGUCAGCAAGAAGAUUAAGUAGUGGGGGCACAAGAUGAAGCAAAGGAACGAAGACAUGGAAGUCGAUGACAGUGCUCAGCACAGCUGGCCUCUCCUGGCCCUGGGGAGUGUGGGAAGACAGCAGCACCGGCUGUGGAGGCGGGUGGGGGUGGGGGGAGGCGAUCUCACGGAAGGACAGGGAA